AUGUUUUCUGCUACAAGGAACUGGCUGAAGAGGAAUAGGGCGCCGUUCGCAAUUGGAUUUGGCGUCAUUGGGGUAGGCUAUGUGGCUACGCAAUAUGUGUUGGGGAAGUUCUCAGAGGUGCGGGAGCGCAUGAGCAGUGAUCGCAUAGCUCGAGAGAACCUGCGCCGGAGAUUCGAGCAGAACCAAGAGGACUGCACCUUCACGGUGCUAGCUUUGCUGCCCACGGCGACGGAUAACAUUAUGGGAGAGCUGCAGACGGAGAGAAUAACCUUUGAGUUGCAGCAGCAGAAGGCUGCCAAGCUGGCGAGGUCUGGGGAUGGGCAGCCUUCUGAGUUUGGGUCAGCGCCGCCGAGUGUGACAGAUGAUGAUGGAAGAAGUAUGGCGAGUAUCCACAGCGAGAGUGGUAUGCACAUCAGUCAGUUGGGUAUACCUAGCGCGAAUGCGGCUGGCGAGACGUCGCAGGAUGGCGGACAACCAGUGCAGAAAGCGAGAAAAUCGAAGCUCCAAUUGUGGAAUGAGUUGAAGAUUAGUGCAAUCACUCGAUCUUUUACACUGAUCUAUACCCUGGCUUUGCUAACACUACUCACUCGGAUACAACUCAACCUCCUCGGUCGAAGAAGUUACCUAUCUAGCGUGGUGUCUUUGGCUACGGGGGGAAUGGAGCAGUCAGCUAUCAGUUUAGAGAACAACGAUGACGAUAACUCAGAUCAGGCUUACGGGAACGACUUUGAGACAAAUAGGCGAUACCUCACAUUUAGUUGGUGGCUACUGCAUCGAGGAUGGAGAGAAAUCAUGCUGAAAGUGGAGCUGGCAGUGAAAGAGGUAUUCGGAUCCAUGAAUCUUAGAGAAGAUGUUUCUAUGCAGAGAUUCUCUGAGCUCACAUUGGAGGUCCGCAAGAAGGUCGAAGGAGCUACGGAAAGAGAGAGAAAGGAAGGGAAUUGGCUGCAAUAUCUGCUUCCACCAAGAGAUCAAGAAGAAUUGGUGCUCAAAGAGUCAGGGAUGACAACCGAAUCAACCGCAUCGUCGGAAUCGAUCUCAGCAGCGGGCCCUCUUCGACGCCUCUUGGAUGAAACCUCAGACUUGAUCGACUCGCCACCGUUCUCUCAUGUCUUAACCCUACUACUCGACGCUGGCUACUCGACUUUAGUCGAUCAAAAGGUUGCUCAACAGGUUUUUAAGAUGCCUGUCAUACCUGAAGUUCCUGAUCUUGACGGGCCUCGAGUCACAGAAGUCUUCGACACCACGCCUGUCAAACUACCGAUUCUUCUCGCAACUUUGACCAGACAGGCACAUUCUAUUGGUAACGGAGUACCGAACGAGUACCUUCAAUCUAUGGAGCAGGUGAGAGACCUGGAAGCGUUUGCGGCAGUUGUUUACUCCAGCAACUGGGAGAAUGAGAUCAGCCCGAUGAACGACCCGGAGAGCAGCACUGUCAUUGUAGAGAAGGACGGACUAGCUGGACCAGCAGGACAAGCAAAUAUCCGGGCUGCGGAGGCUGCAGGACAGGAAAGCAUUGUAGACUUAGGGACGGCAAGCACGUUCGAAAAUGCAUGGGGGAAGGCCGUUGAUGGUGAGAAAGGCACUGUGGUGUAA